UGAAUCCCCACCAAAAUAUCCUCCAUCAUUUCCCUUUUCCCUCCCUAUUUAAGCCCUUGUCUCCAUUCCACCAUUGUCUGUCAGAUGUGUGUCCUCACUGAGCCUUUUCUAACUAAGUUCUCCUUAGCUUUCCCCAUUAAAAUCAUAAUCUCUAAACUCACUAAGAAACCCCACUAAACUUCUUGUUAUACCUCUUUCAACAAUGGAUACUAUAAGCAAGGCUAAAAAGCUUCAAGCUAUGCACAGUUUGAAGACUCAGUUUUAUUACAAUCUCAUGUUUCUUUCUUUCCUUGCCUUGACGUGUAGUUUGCUUUUUUCCUUUCCUCUUUGGUUUCCAUCCCUAUGUUCAACCAUGAAGCUAUUUCUAUCUCUAUCCAUCCCAAAUAAGUUUUCCUCCUUCUUUAGCCCCAAGUGCUUGUUUAUACUGGUAAAUGUCAUUGUUGUCUUUCUUGUUGGAGAAUCAAGGUUUGUUGGGUCUCACUCAUCUCCAGUGGGCGAAAUUUAUGAUGAAUAUGUAGAGAGGAGCUGGAGUCUUAGAGGUGUGUCAGCUCAUCAAGACAAGGCAGAGGAGAGUAAACUGGAGGUGAACUUGGUUGACCAAGAGACUAAUGUUCAAGAUAAAGAAGUAGUGCUGAAGGAAGAAGUUGCUGAAUUAACCAACAAAGGAGAUAAAGAAGUAGCGGUGAAGGAAGAAGAAGAUAGAGAAGCUAAUGAAUUAACCAGCAAAGGAAAGAAGGAUGCUCAUGAAGAGGUUAAAGUAAAAGAAGAUAGGCAUGAGGAGAAGGAAAUAAGUGAAGAAGAAGAAGAGGGUGGAUUGCCUCCAGAGGAACUAAACAGAAGAGUCGAAGAGUUCAUUGCAAGGGUUAAUAAGCAAAGGUGGCUUCAAGCCCAGUUAUUAGUCUGUUGUAAGGCAUGAUUACUAGGAUCCAGACACUGUAGUGCCGUCAGAAAGUUGGAGCAAAUACUGUAUUCCUUGCUGCUGUGGUCAUUAUUUUUGGCACAAUAAAUCUGCCAAGUUUUCUGUACUUGGAACUUAGGAGAAGGGCUUUGUAAUUAAUCUGUACUUAUAAAUAUUUAUCUCUAUUGACAAACAGUUUAUAAAUAAAGGGCUCUUCAUUUUUAA